AUGUCGCACCGUGGCAAGUUGCGUGGAGAUGUUGAGGAUAGCUACCGCCAUGUUUCCCUUGACAAACGAAGUUAUUUUUGCAAGCAUCAGUAUAAACUUGGUAGAAUGGUUGGGAGAGGAGGUUCUGGUUGUGUUUACGAAAGUGAGUGUGGGUCAGACAAACGGAAGGUGGCGAUCAAAGUGUUCAAGAAAGGUAGCGACCGCGAGCUGAUUGAGAAUGAGAUCAAAGUCCUCCUACAUCUCCAAGGAUUACCAAAUAUUGUUCGCUUCAUGGGAAUGCCUCGCAAAUCUCUUACUGAGGGUCCGGCCUUAGUGUUGGAGUACGUUGAUCCACGUGGGUUUCACAAAGUGGCCAAAAGCACUGACCCUCAAGAGAUUACAUUCUACAUGCGAGAACUCUUGAUUGCUCUCGACUCAUGCCACACGAGAGAGAUCUUUCCUAAGUCCCCACGAGGUACAGCAAGCCUUAAAGCAAUCAUCAAGCUGAAUGAUUCGCCUGUAUUGGAGGCUUUGCAGAUUUAUAAUGACUACAGCUAUGAACCCAGUGUAAGUCCUGUUCAUGUUUGCAAAAAUGAUUGCUUUUGGUUCUACUACACAUUCAAGCUUCGAGACACACGAACUGGUGGAUUCCACUCAAUUGGAAUUAGUUGGAGUUCUUCAGCAGAAAAUCCU